AGAAUUUAGAAAAUAGGAAAGAACUUGAGAUAUUAUCACCGGUAUAGAGAGAGAAGUUUUCAGAGAGAGAAACAGCGAAGGGUUUGCAACGGAAGCUGCUGAUUUUCAAAAACCGCUCUCUUUCUCUCUCUCUCUCUACUUCUACUAUUCCUAAUACUUGUACUUAUAUAGCCGAAAACACCAAUUACUGUGUGUUUUUUCCGCCUCUUGCUUGAAGUGAGCUACUACAGCUAUAUAUAUAUGUAUCGAGUCAUCGAGGUUUCUAUAUAAGUCAUCUAAAUUUUGAGUUUAGACGAAAAGUAGAGAGCUCAGUGAUAGAAGAGGGGAGAGUAAGGCAAAGCGUUGGCUUUGCGUUUGCGAGAUACGCAGUGUGUUAGAUCUGUUUGAGGCGAGGAUGAGUGCGAGGAAGGGAAAGGGCGCCGCCGGCAAUGUUGGCGGCCAGCAAUCCAUUCCGGCCAGCGCGCGGAAGUUGGUUCAAACCUUGAAGGAGAUAGUUAACUGCACGGAGGCGGAGAUCUAUGCCGCUCUCAAGGAAUGCAAUAUGGACCCUAACGACGCCUUCAAUCUUCUUGUCUCUCAAGAUCCUUUCCGCGAGGUGAAAAGUAAACGAGAAAAGAAAAAAGAGGGAAAAGACACUACUGAACCUAAGUCUCGUGGUGCUAAUAAUAAUCCUGGUAGAACUGGCAAGACUGGUGCUGAUCGCUUCCGUGGUGGCCCAACUCAUAGUUCUUCUGAGUCUGUUACAUUGCCUGGAAAGACAACGUAUAAGAAAGAAAGUGCUAUUUCAGGAAAUAACAGAAGAGUAUCUGCAGGCCCCAGUGAUGGUGCCACUGCUGAAAAUAAAGGGUUCUCACUUGGUGCAACCGAGACUACUCCUUCCGGAGUACAGCCAGCUUCUGGAUAUCAAUCUGCUGGGGUUGGGGCAUCUGGACAGGUUUCCAUGGCUGACAUUGUAAAGAUGGGCAGAUCACUGAAUAAAACAUCAAAUGCACCGGAUGCAUCUUCAGCCCAGGAUAUCCCAAUUAGUGAAGAGUGGCCUACCAUGGAGAAGCCACCUGCUACACAAGUGUCAUCUGCACCAUACUAUGCUGUGGACUCUGAGCAGCAUCCGGUACCACCUUCUGACAGUUUUAAUCGGCAGUCUGAGGCAGAAGAGGUUCAAGGCGUAGAGGAAGAAGAUGAUAACACUGAAAAAUCUGGAGCAAAUGCCGUGGAAUCUGAUUCUAUCUCAAGUAGUAAGUUUUUGGAAGAUGAUUCCAGAGGUGCAUCUCUGUAUGAAGAUGAUUUGUAUAAAGAAAUGGGUUCGUUUCAUCAUCAGGCUCCUCAUGAUUUCCAUGAAGUUGAAGAUAUUGGUGCUUCAGUGUCAGGAGUCUCCAAAAACUUGCAACAGCUUACUGUGGAAAAGGACGAUAGAGGAUUGCCAUCUGAAGGGGAUAAUACAACUUCUAUGAAGAUUCCGGAUGGCUUGCGAAUUCAAAAUGUAGAUUUUUCACACUUGAGCUUUGGUAGUUUUGGACUUGGCAUGGGUGCUGUACUUUCUUCUGGCAUUGUUAAAUCUGAGCCUGUAGAAACUAACGUGGAAGAGAAACACAAUGAAGCUGAUAUUCCAUCUGUUCAGCACAUGGACUCUAGAAGCACUGAUUAUUAUCUCGACGAUUCUCUGAGAGAUGCUUCCGAUGGUGGUUUGUUCCAUGGAAGCAGUGCUAGUUCAAGGGAUUAUGAUCCAUCUUCUGCUUCUAAACAAGAAGAGUUGAAGCCUGAAAAUGCCGAAGGGGCCCAUAGAAGUCAAUUUGGUUUUCCCCCUUCCAACCCUGGCUUUAACUUUGACGGCACUGGCACACAACACAUAAAUGCCACUUUUGAUGAAACGAGUUCCCAUAUGCAAAAGCUAGCUCCUUUUUCGGAUGCUAUGCAAUCACACUCAAAUGCAGUACCAAGCACUUUGACCCCUGCUAAUGUUCAGCCCACCAGAGAAAGUGAUCUCCGGUACUCUCCUUUCCCUGUGAACCAAUCAGUGUCUGACCAAUUUGGAAACUCUUUUGCUUCAAUUGGCGGUUCAGCGAUUUCUAUGUCGGAGGCAUUGAGGAUCUCGUUGUCACAGCCAGCUCAAGAAAGCCCUUCUGGGACGAGCGUCGCCACAGGACCUCCUCCUCCUCCUUCACACCUUGUACAACCGCAAUAUCCUCAGCCCCCUGUUGCUUUGGGACCAUAUGCGAACAUGAUUGGCUACCCGUUCUUACCUCAGAGCUAUACAUACCUGCCUUCUGCUUAUCAGCAAACAUUUGCAGGCAACAGCUCGUACCAUCAAUCUCUAGCAGCAGCAUUAAUUCCUCAGUAUAAAAACAAUAUUUCUGCCAGUAGUAUGCCUCAGUCCGCUGCCGGAUAUGGUGCUUUCGGAAGUAACGCAAAUACCCCUGUGAAUACACCCCCUGCUCCAUCUGGAACGAAUUUGAACUAUGAUAAUGCCUUAAGAGAACAGUACAGGGACAACUUGGCCUCGCUUCAGCAGAGCGAAAACUCAGCUAUGUGGGUUCAGGGUCACAAUUCUAGAACGAUGUCCGCUGUUCCAGCCAGCUCGUACUACAAUUACCAUGGACAAAACCACCAGCAAUCAGGUGGAUUCAGACAAGCACAGCAGCAGCCAUCACAGAGCUACGGGCAACCGGGGUACCCUGACUUCUACCAGUCUCAGAGAGGCGUAUCACACGACCAGCAACAGCAGAAUCCGGGACAGCCAUCACAGCAAGAACUGCAGCAGCUUCAAGCACGGCAACAACACCAACUGCAUCAAUCACAGCAACAGCAGCUGCUUUAUGCACAGCAGCAACAGCAGCAGCAGCAGCAGCAGCAGCAGCAGUCUCAGUUUUUCAGGGGAAUGUAAUGUGCGAGAAAAAAGUGGCCUUUCAAAUGGAAUGCAUUUGAGCCUAUGUGCCUAUAGAGGCUGUAUUCUGCCAUACUUCUUGUCACUUGUGUUGAUGUAGUAACGUAGGAACUCCAGUGCUAACUUUGUGUUAGUAGAAGACUUCUCUUUUUCUUUA